UCCCUCUCUCUCUCUCUCUCCUCGCCCCGCCUCGUCUUGCCCAUCUGCCCUUCCGGCCGGCCGAAACAUGUCGCACCCCUCUGAUCGCUCCCCCAGUCGCGAGGAGUUCCCGUCGAGAUCGUCGGCUGCGACGACCUUCGGCGAGUCCACCAGCGCCGAUGACGCCAGCUACCGGCCGGCCCCCACGCAAGACCCCUACGCCGGCCGUGGGUCGAUUGCCGCGCCAGCCGCCGCCGCCGCCGCCGCCGCCGCCGAGAAGCCCAAGAAAGUCCCCGGGAAUGUCCUUGUCCUGAAGCUGGCCGAGCUGAUGUUCGAGGCGCGCAACCAGGAUCUCCUGGACUUUUCUCAAGGCAAGCCGUCCAUGCGCAAGCUGGCCCUCUGGCCCCAGGUGGAGAAGGCCCUGAACUCGCAAAAUCUCCACAAGUACUUGAUCUCCAAGGACUUCUUGACCGCCUGCGGGACCUGGCUGGAGCGCCUACACGAUGGGACCUUGCCGAAUCUGGAAAUCCGCACCGGUAUCCUCAAGGGCCUGCUCAGUAUCGACGCUCUGCCGGACAAUUUUGAGGACCAAAUCGCCGGCGAGGAGAUCGGCUUCAACAUCCAUGUUCUGGUAUACCACCCGCAUGAGCUGGCCGAGAACCGCAACCUCGCGCAGCGUCUCAUCUUCAAGUGGGCGGCCCAUGUGCAGGAGGUCCGCAACAAGAAGGACUCCAGCGAGGAGGAGGAUGACAGUGACAUCCAUGCCGACAUCAACCAGAAGGUCUUGCGUUUGAAUGCGCUGCAGGCGCGGAGUGCCUCGCGCGUGGCGGCCGCCGCGGCCGCCGGCCGCUCGGCGCCCCCUGCUCCUGGGGCCGACGAGGACGAAACCCUCGAGCGCCAGGUCGACCCAUCCGAGCGCGCGCGCUUCGAGCCGGCCCCGCUACACCUGUUCGUCAACAAGCCCGACUCCAAGAUGCCCUACGAGAAGUACCUGGAAAUCGUCAAGAAGAACAACCGCAAGCGGCCGAACUGA